GUGUUGAUCAGGCUUUCUAUUUGGGGAAAAUAACUGGUUUAAGCCUGAUUGUCCUGGCGUGGAUGUUACAGAUUCACAAUUCCUUUAAGGCAACACCAGAGUCUUCAAGCGAGUUUUGGGCAUAUAUUGACAUUUCUAUCUCACGCAGCCUAUUAAGAAGAAGGGUUAGGAUAUUAAUGCUAAAGUUGUAAACGACACCGUGAUUCCAAAGUAUGCAGAAUUGUGUGCAGUUAUGGUCAGCUACUUGGUGGAAAGAUAUCGAUAAACGUGAAAGAGUGCAAGGAAAAUUACACGGACAUUGCUGGUAUUUAAGGAAAUAAUUAUAGUGGUAGGUUGAACAGGUUAGAACAGGGGAAUGAUGGGGUAUAUACAGCUACAAGUAAAGGAAGGAACCAUGGACCCUAGGUUGGGAACCCCUGCUAGCGAUAUAGAAAUCUAUGAUGGUACAAAUAGGGUGAAUGCAGGUAGGCAUUUUCCCCUCAGGUUGGGUAAGAUCAUGGAUUUAGGGGAAACAAUGACACAUUUAAGGGGAAUCUGAGAGGAAACUACUUCACUCAGAGGGCGGUGCGAAUGCGGAAGCAGUUCCCAGCAGAAGUGAGAGAUGAAGGUUCAAUUGUGGUUUUUGAGAGAUGGUUGGGUAGAGGGAGGUAUAGAGGGCUGUGGUCUGGGUGCAGGGGGAUGGGACCACACCGAACAUGGCACGGGGUGAAUGGGCUAACAGUCCUGUGUCUGUGCUCUAAGGGCUCUGUGAAUCUCAAUUGAAACUUCUACACAUGAACCACAUUUGUUGCAGACAGGUGGUAUCCAACAUUGUGUUUUUAUUUUGGACGAGAGUCUGCACUGCUCAGAGCUCUGUAGAGCUGGAACUACCAGGAAAUUUACUGAAUGCACCUCGACAAGGUAAAUACAACAGCUGAAAUUUUAGUUUCACCGUUACAAAAUGGCAGAAUGUUCUGUUCAUCUUUGCCAUAAUGAAACUCAGAACAUGUCGCAUUGAAUGUGUUAUUUCCUUUUUCGGUUAUCUUUGCGAGCUACUUCCUCCUUUGCCAGGGCAACAGCUCACCAGAGCUGCAAGAAGAGCUGAACAUGUUUAUCGCUGUCUGGUUUCUGAAUCUCAGCGGAGAGAGAGUGGCUUUGAGCAUUCACUGUGCGGGAUGGAUGAUGUAUGUGCUGGAAUGAAGAAACAACUAAUGAUUGUAGGGAUUGCAUCUAUGCAAUUCUAUUCUGUGUGUCAAACAUCUUGCAGUCAGUCAGUGUUUUGUGCAUCAAAAGAACAAAAAUAAAUCUCAUGUACUGUGCUUCCAGUGCUAUAUUUUCAAUUUGAUAUUUAAAACAUUUAGUUCCUGUUAUACGCCGGGAAAAGUGGCUGCUAAUUGACCUGGGCUACACCGCCCUCAACAAUAAAAUAAUGAACAAAUAUGCUCAAUCUAACUGUCGAGACAAGUUGAAAUGUAUCAGCGCCCUCUUUAGGACCCAAUAUCCAUGUUUCUCCGUCCAGACAAAGGAUCAUCAGGCUCCAGUUCUGUCAUGGGUUGGUGUUGGAGUGUAAGUUUUUGAACUGGGAUUAGCUGAGACACUGCCGCAUAUAACCGGCAGCAAAGAGCCCUGAGAGAGUUGGUGCCUGAGAUACAAUCUAGGGAUGGGGUCUCCAGGAAUAUGGAAAUUGUGGUGUUUGGGCUUUGGUCCACGUUGGUGCUUUUAUAGAUGCGGCUGGGUGUUCCUCCUUCCGCAAUGAAGCAGACGUCUCCGGUGGCUGGAUAUUGGUAGCGUGAAUCCCUCAGUGUGAGAUCUGGAAAAGAUGUGCGAGGCUCUCGGUGUGGGCUGUGACCCUCUGAGGUUGGAUCCCGGGAUACCGCACUUGUUUUGACCCAGAUAAAUGCAUCAGGGAUUAAGUUGUCUGGGUUUAUGAGCUGUUGAGCGAGUAUUCCUGUUCUGUGCUCAGAUGUUUGGUUCUGAAUUUCCAUUUGAAGUAAAGCAGAGAAUGAGUCCUCAUUCUAUCCCUCACAGGGAGAGGCUGUGAUUAAAUACUCUGUUUUGUGUUUACACCAGUAGAAAUAGCCCAGGGUUUCAGAAUUCAAUUCACAUUUGGAAAUCCCCCCUCACUGCCACCUGUCUAUCUGCCAGUGAGAAUCAAACAGAAACUCGAGAUGCUGAAGAUGGAACAGAACAUGGAACAGUACAUCACAGGAACAGGCCCUUCGGGCACAGUGGUGUGCCAAACCAGCUGAGAAGCAAAUCAACCCCCCCAUUCCCAAAACUAAUUCCUACCUACACAAUGUCCAUAUCCUCUCAAUGUUCCUCACACCCACGUGCCUGUCUAAACGACUCUCAAACGCCUCCAAUGUAUUUGCUUCCACCACCAUAACAGACAGAGCAUUCCGGGCAUCCACACCCCUCUGAGUAAAACAAAUUACCCUCACAUUUCCUUUGCAUCUACUCUUUCACACGUUCAUUGCAUGUCUUCUGGUAUUGGACAUUUCAAAACAGCGAAAUCAUACUCCCUGUCUACUCCCAUACUCCCAUACUAUCUAUGUCUUUCAUACUCUUAUAAACCUCUAUCAGAUUUUCUCUCAGUCCCCACCGCUCUAUGGAGAAGAAUCCAAGAUUUUCCGCUAAAAACUGGAUGAUGUUUGAAUUCAUUCUGACGAAAGGUCAGGAAACCGAAUUGUUAACUUUUUUCCUCUCCCCACGGCUGUUCCUUACCUGCUAAGCGUUUCUAGUAAUUCCAGUUUCUCUUUACUACAUUCACCCUGGAACACUUUAAAUCUCCUGCGAAUGGAUCAGUGCCCCUGCGCUCGUUUAGUAAGAAUUGAUGGAAGAGUAAAGAAACCACAGUUUUUCCCAUUAUCCUGAUACCAAAUGUCCUGUUUUUUCUUUCCCCGCAAAUGUAUUCAGUACAGUUUUUGCUAACAAGGUUCAAAGAAUAAUUCGAGGAAUGAUAAGCAUUUUGCAUGUGGAGCAUUUGAUGGCCCUGGGCCUGUGUUCAGUGGAGUUCAGGGGGUUGGUUGGAGGAGUAGGAGAAGAUAGGGCGGGCUUGAUGAUUUACACCGACUGAAUGACAAGAAGUCUGGAUGCAGUGGGAAUAGAGAAGGUGUCUUGAUUAGACGGUCUAGCAUCUGAGUGUAUUGCCUCAGAAUAAAGAAGCUUCACUUUGAAACUGAGAUGAGAGCCAAAGAUUGGUUAAUCAGUGGAAUUUGUUACUACAAAGCGUGGUGGAGUCUAUCGUUGGGUAUAUAUCAUCUUCUGGAUUGCUAAAUAGAUUGAGUAUUAUAGCAGGGAAGCAGGAAUACAGUGCUGGAAAAAAAAACAUGCUCCAUGAUUGACUAUGGAUCACCUAUUUCUACUCCUAUAUAUUAUGACUUGUAUCUGAUACCAUGACUGAACAAUGACUUUUUUUUAUCCCAUCUCAAUCAAGUGAAAAUCUCCAGAUGCAGUGUUGAGGGCAAUCAUUGGAUAUAUUCAUGUUCUGGAUUGCUAAAUAGGUUGCGUAUUAUAUCAGGAAAGCAAGAAUACGGUGGUGAGAGAAAAUCCUCCAAUAUUGAUUAUGGAAUAGACUAGAAUGACCGAAUCACCCAAUUCUACUCCUAUAUAUUAUGACAGACUUUAUACCGUGACUGAACAAUGACUUCUUUGUAGCCCAUAACAAACAAGAGAAAACAUUUAGAUGCUGGAAUUCCAAGCAACACACACAAAAAGCUGGAGGAACUCAGCAGGCCAUAAAACAUCAAUAGCAGAGAGUAGAGUUGACGUACAGAUGCUGCCUGGCCUGAUGAGUUCCUCCAAUUCCAGAUUUCUUCACUCGGAUCCUGAUAUAUGCGUUCAAGAUUUAAAUUUCAGGUUAAUGCUUUGAUCUCGUUUGUAAUAGUUACAUACAUCAUUAUCUGUCUGGUUAAAGUUGGACCUGCGGUGAGAGGUUUAUUGGAAGAAAAGCCCGUGACCGAAAGCAAACCACAACUGAAGACGAGGGAACAGUAACAAGGAACCAACCGGAGGACUGAAAGCACCAACUCGAGGGAACCCUUCUGACUCGGAGUUAACACUGGCUCAGUCAGGAGAAAGUUUGGUCAUUGCCAGCAGGUGGGGCUUUCUUCCACUCGGACGGAAGACAAGAAGAAGACAAUCAACCAACGUCAGUCAGAGUCAGAAUGGACACAGAUCUGAACUCCGCAAUCUCCGCCUUCCUGUCAAAUUGUGAGGAUCACCACCUGCUACGGUUGACGCGAUUCUACAUGGAGCGAUUGGAGCAGGCGAUUGAGGAGGGUGUGGAGGGAGUCAGCUUCAUGUUAAUGGGCGAGGAUCACCUCACCGGGCUAGAGUAUCAUAGCGUGACUGAGCUCGCGGAGAAGGGACAUCGAGCAGACGCUUCCAAACUCCUCCUGGAUCUGGUGAUGGAGAAGGGCUCCGGGGCCCGGAAGGUGAUGUGGGAAUCCUUUGUGAAAUUACAUCAUCAUUUACCGAAGCUGAGCAGAAUAUUGAAUGAAAUACGGGAACGUGGUGACGGCCAGGUCGCCUACAUGGACACUGAGCGGGGUUUAUCUGAAGUGCCCAAGCAUCUGAAAGAUGUUCGAAGGAAACACAAGGAGACUCUGCGGGCACAAACUGAAACACUGAGAGUGAACACGAUCCUGAUGAGGGAGAAGGUGAAGGUUUUCCAGCUGGUUGAUCGAUACGUUGAGCUCACGGUCAUUUCUACUGUUCGAGAUCGGAGACUGGUGGAACAUGAGCUGUUAGCAAGAGGCAGAGCCCACGAAGAAUUGAGAGAGAAACAUCUCCACAGAGAGCUGGAAAAAAUCCGGAUACAUCAGUUAUUCAAGAGGAGUUUUCUUAAACAAUUUAAAAGACAUAACAUGGAAAAAAAAUCUGGGAUGUCCACAGCGGUGGCCGGCGUUCCAGGGAUCGGAAAAACAACAAUGGUACAAAAGAUUGUUUAUGACUGGGCCACAGGGAAAAUAUAUCAACAAUUCCAGUUUGUCUUCAGUUUCAAAUUCCGCGAUUUAAACACCAUUAACUGCAGAAUAAACAUGAAGGAACUGAUUCUGGAUCAGUAUCCUUACUUUGGGAAUAUUCUGAGAGAGGUCUGGAAGAACCCAGAGGGAUUGCUGUUUAUAUUUGAUGGUUUGGAUGAAUUCAAUGACAGAAUUGAUUUUGCUGACAGCCGGAGAAACACAGAACCUCAGCCCACAUGCACAGAUCCUGAAUUCAAGUGCAAGGUGUCUGACAUUGUGUACAGUUUAAUCCAGGGCAAGCUGCUCCCAGGGUGUUCAGUGCUGGUGACCACCCGCCCCACUGCGUUACAUUUAUUGGAAAAGGCUGAGAUCAGUGUCUGGGCUGAAAUCCUGGGAUUUUCUGGUGAGGAACGGAAAAAAUAUUUCAUCAGGCAUUUUGAAGAUAAAAUGGUGGCGGCAGCUGUUGUCAAACAUGUGAAGGAGAACGAGAUCCUGUACACCAUGAGCUACAACCCCUCCUACUGCUGGAUCCUCGCUCUGGCACUGGGCCCCUUCUUCACACAAAGAGUCAGGGACCCCCAGCAAGUUCCCAAGACUAUCACCCAACUGUACUCCUACUAUAUUUACAACAUCCUGAAAAACCACGGCCGUGAGAUGGAGAACCCCCGUGAUGUGUUACUUAGGGUUGGUCAGUUGGCCUUCAGAGGAGUGUCCGAGAAGAAGAUUGUAUUUACAGAUGUAGAUUUGAUCAAGUACAAUCUGCAGCCUUCCCAGUUCCUGUCCGGGUUCCUGAUGGAGCUUUUGGAGAGACAGGAUUCUGCCCGGAGCGUGGUGUACACAUUCCCACACCUCACCAUCCAAGAGUUUGUAGCUUCAGUCGCACAAUUCCUGAAUCCACAUCCCGGGGAUAUCCUGAAAUUCCUCACUGAAGCCCACAACACAACAGAUGGGCGAUUUGAGGUAUUUCUCCGUUUUCUUGCUGGUCUCACCUCCCCAAUGACAGCUCGGGGCCUGGAGGAGUUUCUGGGUCCAUUUCCCAAUGAAACAACCUGCCGGGUGAUUGACUGGGUGAAGGAGGAGGUUAAACGUCAGAUUGGAAACACAUGGAGUGAUGCUGGUAAAAGGAGCUUUCUGAACACAUUGCACUACCUGUUUGAGUCUCAGAAUAGUGGACUGGCUCAGGCCGCACUGGGAUCUGUGGAAACACUUUCAUUCAGUGGAAUGACACUGACCCCGAUUGACUGUGCAGUCCUGUCUCAUGUCAUCAGACUCUGUGAUACAAUAAAACACCUCGACCUUGAGAACUGCCUCAUUCAUUGCGAAGGAAUCCACCGGCUGGGACCCGGGCUGCACAAGUGCCAGGAGUUGAGCCUUGGUUGGAAUAAACUGGGAGAUUCAGAAGUGAAACUGGUGUCUGCAGCUCUGAGGAACACAGAGUGUAAAAUACAGAAACUGAGGUUGGGGGGAGUCAGUCUCACAGAUUCUGGAGCCGAGGAUCUCGCCUCCGCUCUCAGUACAAACCCAUCACUGACGGAGCUGAACCUGAGUGAUAAUAAACUCGGAGAUUCAGGAGUGAAACUGGUGUCUGCGGCUCUGAGGAACCCGGAGUGUAAAAUACAGAAACUGAGGCUGAGUCGUGUCGGUCUCACAGAUUCUGGUGCCGAGGAUCUCAUCUCUGCUCUCAGUACAAAACCAUCACUGAGGGAGUUGAGCCUGGGAUGGAACUCGCUCACAGACCGAUGGGUCCCUGCCCUCCGCCGCUUCAUACUUACCCUCCCGAGUCUGCAGCGGAUAGAGUUGCUGGGGAAUCAGUUUGGAGAGAAAGGGAGGAACGAACUGAGAGCUCUGCAGGAACCCAGACCUGGAUUGACCGUGCAUCUGUGAACAUCAGAAUGUGUUAACAUCACAGGGUCAGACACAGGGUGAAGCUCCUUCCACACCGUCCCAUCACACAUUCCCGGGGUCAAGCACAGUGUGAAGCAACCUCACACCAUCCUGUCACAUACUCCCGGGGACAGACUCAGAGUGAAACUCCCUCCACACCGUCCCAUCACAUACUCCUGGGGAUAGACACGGAAGAGGAUGGGAGUGGGCAAAAACGGGCAGGGGGAUACAAAUGGGAAUCACAACCAUAGCAGUUAACAAUCAAAUUUGAGUUCUAGGCUCGAGAAGUAGCCCAGGAUGAAAUCAAAGUUGAGGAUAAUUUUGGAGAACGGGACUCCACCCCUUUCCGUCAUCUCCCACGGUCCGCAGUCCUCACAGGACGCCGUCCGUUCCCGUCCACUCACACGGACCGUGAUCCCAAAUAAAUUUCACUCUUUCUCAUUCAUUGUCACUAUCGACACUCCCAAUGAGACCACCCCUUCCCAUUCACUCCACUCAUCCGCAUUCCUAAUGGGACGCAUCCCUACUCAUUCGCUUUCAUCGUCCAUACUUCCAAUGGGCCCCGUCCCUUCUCAUUCAGUCCCACUGUUUGCCUGCCUGUGGGCUUCGCCCCUUCCAAUUUACUCCCACUGUCUGAUCACUCCCAUUCAGUCCUGUCAUCCGAUCUCCCAGUGGGAUCUGGCCCUUCCCAUUCACCUCCACUAUCUGCCUCCCAGUGGGACUCCAUUCAGAUUAUUUCCAACGGGAAUGGGAUUAUGGAAAUUGGCGAGAACGCCAGAAUUCAGUAUUUGACCGAACUGGGUGCGGAGUUUACAAAAUUUGACAUUUAUUAGUUACACGGAACGUCGAGGGUGCUGUGGAUGUUGACGGCUUUGUUACAUUGACAAUGCUCAUCUCCUGGCGGAGACGGCGGAUAGGAUCGGAUCGGACUGAAGGACUGAAGAUGGCCGGGGUUGGUGGAGCAUGUGAGAGAGGUUUAUGGUUUCCGUGUCCCAAGGCCGGGUGAUUCAUCGCGCCCGGUUCCCGGUGUCCACAUAGCACACAGGAAGUUAUACUUGGCACGGUCCCCGCUCUUCAUAACGUGGCUGGGAAUUUUGCCAGGCACAGUUCCCGAUCUCUGUCUCCACACUGAGAGUUUUACCGCACACGGUGUCGUGUCUCUGUAUCGACACCGGGAAUAUUAUCGCACACGUUUCCUGGUGUCUGUAUCCUCCUCUCUCCACGACACUCGAAGUGAUGACGCACAGGAUCCGGAGAUGAGGAAGUCGGAUCGGUCUCUAUUGUUUGCGAUAUAUUUAUUAUUUGUGAUAAACAGUCUGCGCAAUCGAGUGGAGGGUGGUCGAGAGUGUUUGUCUUGCGAGGGGCUCCUGAUUGAAAAUGGUGAAUAGGGAGGGAACGACAGAAGGAUUUAGAAUGUUCACUAGACAGGGAGUGAAAGGUUGACUGAAAAUGGUCUCCGGGGAGAAAAUGAUGGGCUGAGUGACAAUGGGCGCCAGGGAGGGGGCGAUGGGCGGAAUUAAGAUUGCCGUGGUCACCACGUUUCUCAGGGCUGACAGGGAGGGAGUUAUACACUGACAAGAGAAUGGGAGUGACAGGCAGAGUUCAAAUGACCGACAGGGUGGGGACUGAAAAUUAUCACCGGGGUGAUACCGGGAGGAGACAUCGGGAGUUAUGUGCUGAUUAAAAAUAGGUUUCUGGAUUAAAGCCAGAAUAUAAAACUAUCACCCGGGGAGAUUGACGCGCACGUUGAAAAUCGUCACCAGGGAGGAAGGGAGGGCUGCACUGUGAGAAAAUGGACGCCAGAAGGUGACAGGUCAGAGAGCGUGGCGGCCCGACCUGAAAUAGUCCUAGAUUCCUUUGCUAUAAUGGCCUGCAGGGAGAGAGUGAUGGACAGAAUUCAAAUGGCCAACAUUGCUUAAUUUACAUUUGUCAUGAUGAAAUCAAUAAACCGCUGUAACUUCC